AUGGAUGUGGCUCCCCAGGCCCUGGCGCUUCUGUUGCCCCUGGUGCUCGUUGUGCUCAGCCUGUCCCCUGUACCCACCUAUGGAGGAUGCCCGUCAGCUUGCCGGUGCUCUUUUGCCAUGCUGCAGUGCCUGGAGCCCAAUGGUAUAACCAGUAUCCCACCACUGGUACUGCAAGAGAGCGAGAAUGUGACAGAGAUCUACAUUGAAAACCAAGCAGGCCUGGAAAAUAUAACAAAAGUUGACCUUGCUUACUACAGAGAGCUGAAGAACCUCACGGUGACGUUGUGUAGGCUGAGGUUCAUCUCCUCCAACGCUUUCCAAAACAACCUGAAGCUCCAGUAUGUGAACCUGGCAUCAAACUCUCUGGAGCACAUCAGCUGGAGAGUGUUUCACUUCCUGCCUUUGCUGAACCUGGUUUUAAGGGACAACCCUCUUGCUUGCUCGUGUGACCUCUUCUGGCUGCAGCAGUGGCAGAAUGAUGAUCGCGGCGACCUGUACAGCCAAACGUUGUUCUGUUUGUCCGGUGACGAGGAAAUACUCCUCAACUCUUUGGUGAUAGAAAACUGCAGUCUGCCUGAGGUGAGGAUCGAGCCCUCUCCCAACAAAAUUCAGGAAGGAGGAAACCUUACAUUUGAGUGUGAGGUGACAGGAAGUCCGACUCCCAACGUGAGAUGGCGAACGGACGAACUUGCCUCUCACUUCGUUAUCCAGGAGAGAAUCUGGGGCUCCACAUUACAGCUGGUCCUUCACCUUACCAAUGUUUCCUACAAGGACAACCUGCACAAUCUGACUUGUGAGGCUGAGAACCAAGCUGGGCCCAAAGAGGAGAUGGUGCAAUUGGACAUUGAGUUUCCUGUCAAAAUCCUCUUCCUGAGAGAUGCCGUGCAGCAACAUAACUGGUGUUUCCCCUUUGCCGUGGAUGGCAAUCCUGAGCCGAAGAUUUCCUGGCUGUACAAUAACAAUAAACUGAGAGAGAGCCAUUUGGCUUACACACAGUUCAUCACAGAUUCAGGCGACGGAUCUGUGAAACACGGAUGUCUCUUCCUGAACAGGCCAACCCACAUGAACAACGGCAACUACACCCUGAUUGUGGAGAAUAAGCUGGGAAGGGAUGAAGCCACUGCUGUUGGGAUGUUUAUGGACAACCCUUUUGGCCCAAUUGAUCCCGAUGGGAUAAUUCCAGUGUAUCCAAGUCCCACAAACAAGCCAGACAUGGACGUCACUGAGAACCCGGAGAGCCGAGUGUUUGUGGUGUCUAUAGCUGUGGGUCUGGCUGUGUUUGCCUGCACGUUUCUUCUCGUCAUGGUUUUGAUCAUCAACAAAUGUGGUCAGGAGUCCAAGUUUGGUAUUCAUCGCUCGUCAGUUCUGGGUACAGAGGAUGAUCUGGCCGUGUCACUUCGUUUCAUGAACUUUGGAACCAGCCCACCUUCCUCAGAUGAAGACUCCGGUCUGUCGAGUUUUGUUGAGAACCCACAAUACUUCUGUGGCAUCAUCAAGGACAAAGAUAUGUGUGUCCAGCAUAUCAAACGGAAGGACAUUGUGUUGAAGUGGGAGCUGGGUGAAGGAGCAUUUGGCAAAGUUUACCUGGCAGAGUGUGCAAACCUCAGCCCCGAUAGCGACAAGAUGCUGGUUGCCAUCAAAACUCUGAAGGAUGCAAACGAGUCGACUCGCCAGGACUUCCAGCGGGAGGCGGAGCUCCUAACGGUGCUCCAGCACCAGCACAUUGUGCGGUUCUAUGGCGUCUGCACAGAUGGAGAGCCCCUGGCCAUGGUGUUCGAGUACAUGAGGCACGGAGACCUAAACCGCUUCCUACGGGCUCACGGUCCUGACGCUCGCAUCCUGGAGGAAUCAAAGAUGCCGCCUUUAGGUCAGCUGACUCUGCCUCAGAUGCUGCACAUCGCCGCGCAGAUCGCCUCUGGCAUGGUUUACCUGGCAUCGCUGCACUUCGUCCACCGUGACCUGGCGACUCGGAACUGCCUGGUGGGAGAAGGUCUGGUGGUGAAAAUCGGAGACUUUGGAAUGUCCCGAGACAUUUACAGCACAGAUUACUACCGGGUGGGUGGACGUACGAUGCUGCCGAUCCGCUGGAUGCCCCCGGAGAGCAUCAUGUACAGGAAGUUUACGACAGAGAGCGACAUCUGGAGUUUUGGCGUGGUGCUUUGGGAGAUCUUCACCUACGGUAAACAGCCCUGGUAUCAGCUGUCCAACAGUGAGGCCAUUGAAUGCAUCACCCAGGGACGAGAGCUGGAGAGGCCCCGUACCUGCCCCAAAGAGGUCUACCUGCUGAUGCAGGGCUGCUGGCAGAGGGAGCCCCAGCAGAGGAUGGUUAUAAAAGACAUCCACAGCCGCCUGUUGACCCUGGUCAAGAACCCACCAGUUUACCUGGAUAUUCUGGGCUAGAAGGACCCAGAGAGCAGAGGCUGAGAGGUCCAAUCAGACUACAACUCCUUUUCUUUCCUUUGGAUUUUACUUUAGUACCCAGCUUUAUUUAUUUUUCUAACUCAUCACCCAGUUACUAUUUUUUUCAGCUUUUCUCAACAACCGUUACAACCAGUUCGCAAAGACCUUUCCGCCUUAAUUCUGCCCCCAUUCUAGCUUGACCUCCCUGUGUUUCUCUGGAAAAUGUCAAAUGUUUACCAAAGUGUUUGCUGUUUAUCUGAAGUGGGAUCAGCCUGAUGGAGGGACAUGCAUGGAUAAGUGUUAAAGGGACAUACAGGCUUUAUGUUGUUGAGAAUCCUUUUUCAGGUGG